AUGGUGGAGGAUCGAGAAUACGAUGGAUAUAAUCCAAACAAGAGAAGGCGGCUUGAAUCUGCGCGCGCCUCAACCCCUCGAGCGCAGUCGCGUUACGCGCCUACGCCUCCUCCUCGACAGAUUGAUGGAAUAGAACCGACUGACGAAGACUCGAAGGCUUUGGAUCGCGACUGGUACGGUGGUGAUGAAUUUGGUGGACAUAGCUUUGGAGAUGAUGCCCACAAUCCUUUCGCCUCAUACGAUACCUGGGAAGGCCAGCAGCAGGAAACAGCACGACAUGAAAAGAUGUCCAGUCGGUUCGAUGCACGACGCGAGCAAAGGAAUAAAGAAAAUGACGCUUGGGAGACAAAUCGAAUGCUGCAAUCAGGUGUUGCGCAAAGACGGGACAUGGCCUCUGAUUUUAUCGACGACGAUGAUUCCACCCGAGUUCAUCUUUUGGUUCAUGACCUCCGACCCCCCUUCCUGGACGGACGCACUAUUUUCACGAAACAGCUAGAGCCAGUACCUGCUGUAAAGGACCCCCAGAGUCACAUGGCGGUUUUCAGUCGAAAAGGUAGUAAGGUGGUAAAAGAAGCACGACAGCAGCGAGAACGCCAAAGACAAGCCAAAGAAGCCACGAGCAUGACCGGAACGACACUUGGAAAUAUCAUGGGCGCAAAGGAGGAAGACGGCGAUUCUGCGCUACCGGUGCCUGCUGAGGACGACGCUGAACCUACCGAGCGGAAAGGCAACAAAUUCAGUGAACAUAUGAAGAAGGCGGACGGCGCAAGUAACUUCAGUCAAAGCAAGACGCUACGAGAACAACGAGAGUACCUGCCAGCGUUCGCAGUUCGUGAGGAUCUUCUCCGGGUGAUUAGGGAGAAUCAAGUCGUAAUCUGUGUUGGUGAGACAGGUUCUGGUAAAACAACACAGUUGACGCAGUUUCUUCAAGAGGAUGGAUAUGGAAAUACGGGCAUGAUUGGAUGCACACAGCCGCGACGAGUUGCAGCAAUGAGUGUGGCCAAACGUGUGGCUGAAGAGAUGGAAGUGAAGCUAGGAAGCACGGUCGGUUAUGCAAUCCGAUUUGAAGAUUGCACUAGCAAGGAGACGGUCAUUAAAUACAUGACUGAUGGUGUUUUGCUACGAGAGUCACUUAACGAACCCGAUCUGGAUCGCUACUCGUGUGUCAUCAUGGACGAGGCGCACGAGCGUGCUCUAAAUACAGAUAUCCUCAUGGGCUUGUUCAAGAAGAUCUUGCAAAGACGACGCGAUCUGAAGCUCAUUGUUACAUCGGCCACAAUGAACUCGAAACGGUUCUCUGAUUUCUUUGGAGGUGCACCCGAAUUCAUCAUUCCUGGACGAACCUUCCCGGUCGACGUCAUGUUCCAUCGAUCCCCUGUUGAGGAUUAUGUCGAUCAGGCAGUGCACCAAGUCUUGUCAAUCCACGUCUCAAUGGGCCCUGGAGAUAUCCUAGUGUUCAUGACCGGUCAGGAGGAUAUCGAAAUCACAUGCGAGCUGGUUCAAAAACGACUCGACGCCCUGAACGACCCUCCCAAGUUGAGUAUUCUGCCGAUUUACAGUCAGAUGCCCGCAGAUCUGCAAGCCAAGAUUUUCGACAAGGCUGCUCCUGGUGUACGAAAAUGCAUUGUCGCAACCAACAUUGCCGAGACUAGUUUGACAGUCGAUGGUAUCAAGUACGUUGUGGAUGCUGGUUACUCCAAGAUGAAAGUGUACAACCCCAAGAUUGGUAUGGAUACCCUCCAAAUCACGCCUAUUUCACAAGCCAACGCCUCACAACGAUCGGGUCGUGCUGGCCGAACAGGUCCAGGAAAGGCCUUUCGACUAUAUUCAGAAAAGGAGUUUAAGGACGACUUGUACUUGCAAACGAUUCCUGAAAUCCAGCGUACAAACCUCGCCAACACUGUUCUGAUGCUGAAGUCACUCGGUGUCAAGGACCUUUUGGAUUUCGAUUUUAUGGAUCCUCCUCCGCAGGACACUAUCACAACCUCGAUGUUCGACCUGUGGGCUCUCGGAGCUCUGGAUAACCUUGGGGAGCUCACAGAUCUGGGAAGGAAGAUGAGCGCUUUCCCAAUGGACCCAUCGCUAUCCAAGCUACUCAUCACUGCAGAGGAGUACGGCUGCAGUGAGGAGAUGAUCACCAUCGUUUCUAUGCUGUCUGUCCCCAACGUGUUCUACCGCCCCAAGGAGCGACAGGAAGAAGCCGACGCUGCGCGCGAGAAGUUUUGGGUACAUGAGUCGGACCAUUUGACAUAUCUCCAAGUCUAUACCAACUGGAAGGCCAACGGCUAUUCUGAUGGAUGGUGUGUGAAGCACUUUCUACACCCCAAAUCUUUGAGGCGAGCCAAAGAGAUUCGCGAGCAGCUUUUGGAUAUCAUUCGUAUGCAAAAGAUGGAGCUCAAGAGUUGUGGAAUGGACUGGGAUAUUGUGCGCAAGUGUAUUUGCUCUGGAUACUACCAUCAAGCAGCCAAAUACAAGGGCUCAGGCGAGUACAUCAACCUGCGUACCAACUUGGGCGUCCAGCUGCACCCAACGAGUGCACUGUAUGCGGGACACCCUCCAGACUACAUCGUCUACCACGAGUUGAUCCUCACCUCCAAGGUUUACGUCUCAACGGUAACGGCUGUGGACCCCCAUUGGCUUGCCGACCUUGGUGGUGUUUUCUACUCGGUCAAGGAGAAGGGUUACUCAGCCCGUGACAAGCGUAUCACAGAAACAGAAUUCAAUCGAAAGAUGGAGAUUGAGGCCAAGAUGGCCGAUGACAAACGUAAAGACGAGGAGAGGAAACAAAUGGAAGAGGAACGAGGACAAAAGAAGACCAAGAAGAUUGGAGCAGACGGAAAGAAAUUUGUCACACAAGGUGCAGUCAAGAAGCCGGUCUUGAAGCGGCGUGGCAGAGGGUUUUAG